AUGAGUCACUAUUUCGAGCCAGAAUUCUGGCUACGCAUAUGCGGCUACUUUCUACUGACGUUGGUGGGCGUAAACUGGCUCUCACAUGUGGCCUGGCGUCAGGCCCUGCGAGACACGAAUGCCAUGAAACGCCGGCGGAUCCUCGAGAAGCUGGGCCGGGCGCACUCGACGGUCCGGUAUAUGUUUGUCGGUUUCUUCCAUCCAUUUAGCAAUGCGGGAGGCGGUGGAGAGCGCGUGCUGUAUGAGGCCAUUAGCCACCACCAGCGCCGAGAUGAGAACAUCAUCUGUGUGGUGUACUCAGGCGACAUUGUGCCUGGCGAGGGCUGCGUGACCAAGGAGCAGAUUCUAAGUCGGGUCCAGGAGCGCUUCAACAUUAAACUAGACCCCACUCGAAUUGCCUUUCUACCGCUGUUCCAGCGCAAACUGGUAGGAGACAAGUUCUGGCGUAUGUUUACGCUGGCCGGCCAGGCGUAUGGAGCGAACCGACUAGGCUACGAGGCGCUGAGCCAGCUGGUCCCUGAUGUGUUUAUCGACACGAUGGGCUAUGCCUUUGCGCUAUACCCCGUGAAGAACUUCUCUCGCAGGAUUCGUGUGGGUGCGUAUGUGCACUAUCCGACUAUCAGCACGGACAUGCUGCAGCGCGUGCGCCGGCGUCAGGAGGGCCACACGAAUGCGCCAUGGAUUGCUACUAGUUUGCCUGUCUCCCUCUUCAAGUACGUGUACUAUCAAAUUUUUGCCGCUUGCUAUGGUGCUGCACUUCGCUCGGCGGAUGUGAUUGUGUGCAAUGGCAGCUGGACCAAGUCGCACAUUGACGAACUACUGCCCCGUCGCGUGGGGCGUCCGUGGAAGAUGGCCCCUUUGCCAAGAGUGCACAUUGUAUACCCGCCGUGCGACACGGCGGCGUUUGCUGAGCUCCCCUUGGAGGGCCGCCAGAACCGCUACAUGGUAAGUGUGGCGCAAUUCCGCCCUGAGAAGGAACACGAGAUGCAGCUGCGCAUCCUGCGCGGACUCCUGGACAAGUACCCGGAACUUAAGUCGUCGCGCGGCUCGAAUCGCCCAUUGCGCCUGGUUCUAAUUGGCAGCUGCCGCGAUGACGAGGACCGCGCCCGCCUAUCGCAGCUGCGCACGCUGGCCAAGUCGCUUAUGAUCGAGAACCAUGUGGAAUGGCAUGUGGAUGCGCCAUUCUCGACCGUUGUCCAGCAGAUGCGCCACGCCAGCAUCGGCCUCAGCACCAUGGUCGACGAACAUUUUGGCAUUGCGGUCGUCGAGUACAUGGCCGCUGGUCUGCUCACAUUAUCGCAUGCCUCUGCGGGGCCAUUGCAGGACAUUGCCGUACCAGUUGACGGCGCCGAAACGGGCUUCCAUGCAAGCUCGCUGGAUGACUAUGUGACCACGGCGUAUCGGCUCAUGGUCCUGCCGCCUGACGCAGCGCUCCGUAUUCGUCAGGCGGCUCGCACACGUGCUACGACUACGUUCAGUGCAGCUGAAUUCGAAAACAACUGGCGCAAGUACAUGUGGGACGAGCUCGUGCCCGCCUCGCUGCUGGCCGAGAACAAGCAAGCACUGGAAAAGCAGGCCGCGGCGCAACGGCACUUGCAGCAGCGCGUAGUCCCCUCGCAGGCCUCAGAGGCGGCAUCUACGAUCGAAGCCGCGAAAAGCACGGAGGGCGCGGCCAAUGCGGAUGGCGGUGUCUCUUCUGCGGUGUACACGUCGCAGAGCGCUGUGCCUCGUCCGGCUAGGAGCACUUAG